CCGAAGGGCUGAAUGGCCUCCCGCCAGAAGACGGAAUGGCCGAAUCCCCGAGUCACAUGCCACACCCGGGAGCCAAUGGCUGAGCAGCCGUCUUCCCCCUGAGCCUAGCUUCCGCAUUCGUGAACGUGACGGAGGGGUGGGAAUCCCCUUCAUUGAUCGGAUACACCGCUGCUGCGUCACACAGGGGCUGUAAUACAACGCCUUCUGGGGGGAACCCUACCACCUUCCCCCCUCCUACCACUCCAUUCAGCUCCCGGGGGCUGGGCCAGUGUUCCCCUCCGGCUCUUCCAUCAAAAGGUGCAGGCAUGGACCCAGACGUCUCCCUCAUGGCCCACUGCCUGCCCACAGGGGGGCUGACCCAAGAGCAGGUCCAGGUGGAGAUUUCAGCUGAGUAUAACCGCCAGGUCCUCCUCAGCCACGAGCAGAAGAUCGCUGCCAUCUGGCAGCAGAGGAAGCAGGAGAAGCCAUGGCUGUUCAACGGAGCCAAGUUCCGCAUUCACUCGGCCCAGCUGGAGGGCAGGGGGCUGCUGCUGCUGAGACUGGGCCUGACCUGCUACAAGGACUACCUGGGCACAAACUGGGCGCCCGAGGCCCGGCUCCUGCAGGAGCGGGGCGUGGCAGACUUUGGCGACAGCCAGGCCUACCUGGCAGAGCCGCUGGGGGUCGGCGCCAUGCUUCACACGGCCGACGACUGCUUUGUGUUCCUGAGGAGGAGCGAGCGGGUCGCUGAGGCAGCAGCGCAGGUGGACAUUCCGGGAGGACACGCAGAACCCAAGGCAGCUGUGAAAGGAAUUCCGGAAGAUUCCAUUCAGGUGCAACACUUGUCGGGGGAGCUGGUGGUUCAGGAAAUAUUUUCCUCCAUUCUGGGCGAGAUCCGAGAUGAGGUCAAUGUCCCUCUGGAAAAUUUAAGCAGACCUUUGCUGCUGGGAAUUGCAAGGAAUCACAGAAGCGCAGGACGGCCCAGUGCGGAGUUUUAUGUUCGGUGUAAGCUGACGUCGGAGGAGGUGAGGCAGCGCUAUCUCAUCGGAGGAGUUGAGGCCCAUGAAUCGACCAGCAUCAGCUUUGUCAAGCGCGAGGAGGUCCUGAAACUGGAGGAGGAUGCGGAAAGCUGGCGAGAGCUGUGCCCGUCAGCCAAGGGCGCCGUCAAGCUCUACACACUCGUGCGCCCCUCCCGGGCGUCUUGAACCCUCCCCGAGCGGAAGUGGAACCGUGACACGGGACCUUCAGUACUGCGUUGGGAAAUGGCAUGCUCUAGGGAAGCACAAAGCACAAUGGGCAUGUUUCUGGGCAUCGGAAUCUGUCGGUUUGUCUCUCUCUGUCUCUGUGUGGUGGGGGUGGGGGUUGGUGAACGCGGUAUACAUUGUCUCCAGGAUCUGUGCUGCUCGACCCAGCUGAGUGGUAAGGAGGCCACUCAGCCCGUUGUGCCUGUGUCGGGGAAGCAGGGUAGCAUGGGGAGUUGGCUCACGGACAGAGCCAGCAUGGUAACGACUGAGGGGCCGAGUGGCCACUUCCUGUGCUGGAGCCAUUCCCUGAUUGCGACAGAGCGAAGGGGUAACGAUAACCGAGGGUGGCCGGUACAUCGGGUUCGAGCUGUGGAAACUCAACGUCAAUUAAAGAAUCUGCAUUCACAUA